AUGCAAGCAGAGUACCACACCGUACUCUACCUACAUCUAAGUCGGAUGCAAUUAGCCGGCUUCAACCUCAAGGCUGAUAUUGUCCGUCUGUUCACGGGUCUCUGUACGAUCCAUACAGCGUAUAACUGUACUUUGUUAAUCCGUGGUCCGAUCGGAUCUGAAGCAGCUUCACUCAGUUUGGGUCUCAUGAACUCAUCUGGUCGAAAGGCGCUAGCAAGGACAGAGGGUGUUGUAAAACUCAGACGUAUAGGGGAUCAACGACCGGAGCACUAUCGCCUCGGAAGGCGAAACGUUGCUGUGAAAUGA